UGGAGCUGGGCUCACCGUCAAAAGUUUAUAAACAAUGAGAGCAAAGGGAUAGCAAUUAUCAGAAGUCAGAACGGAAAUUGAUGAAUAUUUCAAUUGUUUUCAAUUUUUGUUCAGCGUCAAUUUGGAAGUAAUGAUGGAGGAUACAAUCCGUCUGGCGACAAUUAGUUCACUUUAAUUAUGCUCCGGUCAUAAUGUGUGACUGCAAUCAACUCGGAGCGGAGUGGGUCAUUCGAAUGUACUGAACGAAGUGGGAAAAUAGUAGUAAUCUCGCUAUAUAUUAUUAGUCUAGUCGCUGUGAGUUAUAUAGAGGGCCACGAGUUGAUUACACGUGGGCAACUUUAGUUGGAGCUCGAAGUUCUUCAGCCCACAACGUGUCGUCCUCAGGUGCAUGCAGUUCUCAUACAAGUCUCGAUAAAUUCCUGUUUUGUCAUCAGAACUGGGAAAUUUUGAGUUAUUUUGCUUCUGGGGCCGGAUUUUUUUUCAAAUUUCAACAAUGUUCGUUUUUCUGCUCGGAGUUUUUGUUCUACCGGCGCUUACAUGUGCUGAGGAGAUUGACCAGAAAUUGCUACAAUGUUUGGUUUGCAGAAUAACAGUUGAAGAAGUGGAGAAUGUUCUCAAUACAAUUGAUCCCUCUCAACAGGUAGAGGUCGGAAAUUACCGUCUGGAUGCUGACGGAAAUAUCCAGAAGAAAAUGGUGGCCAAGAGAGAGUCUGAAGUCCACCUUUCAGAAAUUCUCGACAAUAUCUGUGAUAAAAUGGACGACUACGUCAGAGCCAGGUACAAGUCGAAUGGUAAACUAACUGUGAUGCGACUGAUGACUCCAGAGGGUCAGAUGAAUCCUGACAUCAGCAAUGUUGAUAUUAUUCAGGAUGGAGACCUGAACAAAAGCCUAAAACACUACUGCCGAGAAAUCAUCGAAGAGCACGAGGACCCAAUGAUCGAACUCUUCCAGAAAGGAGGAACUGACGUAAUCAACAAAAUCUGCACGAGAGAAACGAACAUUUGCGACGACGAGCUUCCGCCUGACGACGAGGAAGAGGAGUCCGACGACACAGAGCGAGAUGAGCUCUGAGAAACAAAAUCAUGCCAUUUUGUUUGUAAAUAUCUGAGAAGACUAAGGCAUUUUGCGCCCCUCCAAUGCUCGGGAUACUUACCGAGAGGGUUUAACAGCGUAAUCCACCAAUUUCUGAGGGUUCAAUGAGCUUUAUAUUGUUUGUAAACCCUUGGAAAUCGAUUGUAUACAACGGGAAGCACAUAUCAGAGAUUGAACAUUGUGAUUUCUAUUUUUUGGCAAUAAAUUUUAACUCUUAAUUAA